AUAGUUUAUAAGUGUAAGUGUAUUAUUGUUUAUAAUAAAAUAAAUAAUAAAUAUAAUAAUGGCCGUUAAAGAAAAAACAAAUGAACCAACAGAGGACUUUGAAUGGAAUGUUGAGAAUGAAAUUCAACUUUUUUUCGCAAUGAAUGGUCACAAACCUGUUGGUAUUCACAAAUAUUUUCACAUGCUUUGUAUUUGGGAAAAAUUUCGGACAGCCAUCAACAAAGAUGUGUCUUUAAAAGCUAUUUGGGAUCAUUUAGAAACAAUGUAUGACCUAGUUGCUCUGGAUGACACUGAAGACUUACCUUAUCUGAGCAGUGAAGUGGAUUUUACAUUACCAGAAUCCGAUUUUAUGGAUCUUAUGAAAAAUAAACAAAAAGACGAGUCUGAAACUAAAAAUAAGGAUAUUAAAGACAAAGGAAAAGAUAUUAAAAAAGAAAAAGAGCUCAAGGAAACUCCCAAAAGAGAAAUUAUAGCCAAAGAUCAAAAAACACCAAAAGAAGCUGAUAAAAAGAAGGAGGACUUGAAAAAAAUUGUCAAAGAAGUUGAGCAGAAAAAAGAUAAACAACGGGAAGGUAAAGAGGUUAAAAAAGACAAUAAAUCACUUAAAAAUCGUGGUAAAGGAAAAGAAGAAGUUGAUGAAUCAACUCCAGUGACGAGUAUUGCGAUUCAACCAGCCAAGAAAGAAAGAAAGGAUUCAGAUGCAAGCAGAGAAACGCCUAAGCGAGUACCCAAACGACCAACUAGGCAGAGCAUUGAUAAUGCUAAUAAAACGUCUUCGAGUCCUCGUGAUACCCCACCACCCAAAAGAAGGAGAACAUAAAAAGAUUUUUUUUUCUAUAUCAUUAUGCUAAUUAUCACUAUUCUUAUUUACAUCAACUCGUUCCUUACUUAACUAUUAAUCGAUUAAAUUAUGUAAAUAAAUCAUUUUAUAUGUUAUAAUAAAUAGGUAA